AGUGCAGUAAAAUCGUGUCACAUGUUCUUCGGAGCAAGAGAAUAACCAAAUGACAAAGAUAGAAAAUUAUAGAGGAGAAGUAGGGCCAGUAACCUCUUCGUCUAUAUUCUAAGUACUAGUUUAUGUAUUUACAUACAUGCAUAACAAUUAAACGAGCCAUCAAAUUUAUAAAGAAAAAUCCAAUAUAAUCAAGUGUAUUGCCAAUUGAAACACCCAAGUGACGUACAAGUCUAAAGUAAUCGUCACUAGCUUCUUAAAGCCCGAAAAAAUAUUUAAAAACUGGUGGAAGUUAUCAAAAUUUAUUAAAAAUGAAUAAAAUAAUGAAAUCACUGGCGAGCAAAGAGACUCGUGAUUAUUUCAUGAGUACGCAUUUUUGGGGUCCAAUAGCUAAUUGGGGUAUUCCGAUAGCAGCAAUUGCUGAUAUUCAGCGAGAUCCUAAGUUCAUCAGUGGUAAAAUGACCUUUGCGCUGUGUCUUUAUUCGGCAAUGUUUAUGCGUUUUUCAUUAAAAGUCCAGCCAAGAAAUCUGCUACUUUUUGCCUGCCAUUUUACUAAUGAAGGCGCUCAGUUAACUCAAGGAUACCGAUUCAUAAAGUAUCAUUAUACAGGUGAUAAAAAACCAGAGAAUGAUCAAUAAUUCAAUCUAAUUUAAUUCAAACUGGAAGCUAAAAAUUUAAAUUUGUAUUUACAUGUUGGUAUAUUAUCUUCAAUCUAUCUUUCUUUCUUUCUUGAAGAUUGCUCCAGAUCUGUUAGAAGUUUGUAAAAUAAUUCUACUAUGUAUUUAUUUAAAUUCUAUGUAAAUAUUGGAAAAAAACUUUACAAUCAAA